AUGCUCCCUGCCAAAGGUCAUUGCAUUAGUGGCGAUGUUGGUUGCUUUCUCUCCCCUCUCCCCCUCUCCCCUCCUUCCCCACUUCCCUCUUCCCUUCUUCCCAUCUCCCCUCUUCCCAUCUCCCCUCUUCCCAUCUCCCCUCUUCCCAUCUCCCCCUCUUCCAUCUCCCCUCUUCCCAUCUCCCCAUCUUCCCAUCUCCCCUCUUCCCAUCUCCCCCUCUUCCCAUCUCCCCUCUUCCCAUCUCCCCUCUUCCCAUCUCCCCCUCUUCCCAUCUCCCCCUCUUCCAUCUCCCCCUCUUCCCAUCUCCCCCUUUUCCCAUCUCCCCCUUUUCCCAUCUCCCCCUUUUCCCAUCUCCCCCUCUUCUCAUCUCCCCCUCUUCCCAUCUCCCCCUCUUCCCAUCUCCCCCUCUUCCCAUCUCCCCCUCUUCCAUCUCCCCCUCUUCCCAUCUCCCCCUCUUCCCAUCUCCCCCUCUUCCCAUCUCCCCCUCUUCCCAUCUUCCCCUCUUCCCAUCUUCCCCUCUUCCCAUCUCCCCCUCUUCCCAUCUCCCCCUCUUCCCAUCUCCUGUCUCCCUCCAUCCAUCCAACAGACACCUGUGAAGCCAUAAAUUGUGGACCAUUGGAAGAAUGUGCAAUGCAACAUGCAAUGCUCUCUACUGCCCGCCUAACCAACACUGUGUGGAGAAAGUCCCCGGAGGCGCUGGGACUUGCGAAUGCGCUGCAGGAUACGUCGCGCGAGGCAAAUACUGUGAUGGUAUGGAGUAUGUUUGGCUUACCAUUCCUCUUAUCUUUUCCCUCUCACUUUCCUUGCAUAUUAUCUCUCUCUUUCCCUCUUAUUACCCUCCUUCCUCUACCACCGUCCAUUUCCCCUGCCUCGCCUCACUAUCCCUCACCACCUCUCUCGUUCUCCCCUCUCCUCUCUCCCACUUACCAGCCACAUGCGCAAGUCUAUGAAUGCGGUCAAAACGAACGUAAGUACUUCUCCUCUUCUCUCCCCCUGGAUUGUCCUCUUCUCUCCCCUCUCAAGUCGUUUCUUUAUCGAUGCCUAUGCAAACCCGUGGUCGAUGUGGGCAAGGUAGCAUCUCAAAUCAACCAUGUGCCAGCGUCCCCCCUCUCUCUCCCUCUCUCUCCCUCCCCCCGUCUCUCCCUCUCCCUCCUCUCCCUACCCUCUCUCCCUCUCUCCCUCCCUCUCUCCCUCCCUCUCUCUCUCCCUCCCUCUCCCUCUCCCUCUCCUCCCCAUUGA